GAACAACAUGAUGACUGAGACAAAUACAGUGAGCGACAUGGUGACUUCACUUAACUAUUCUCUGGUGAACUCCACUGAGCUGACGGUGCUUCCAUCGGGAUCCUUCCUAUCUGUUGGAAUAGCCAUACUCUCUGUAGCAUUCAUCAUUGGAUUGCCAGGCAAUGCCUUCAUCAUCUGGACUGUAUUAACUCAGAUAAUGAAACCAAACGUUACUUGCACCUUUAUCUUACAUUUGGCCGUAGCAGAUACCAUGGUAAUCCUCACUGGACCAAUCUUCAUUCACCUUCUGGCCACUGGCAGCUGGAUGUUUGGGUCUAUCAUUUGUAAAUUGUGUCAUUACAUUGGAAUUCUUAGCAUGUUUGCCAGUGUAUUCAUCAUUACUUUUAUGAGUCUAGAUCGUUUCUUAGCUGUAGCUAUGCCCUUUGCUACUAAGACAAUGAGAACAAAAAUACAUAUCAAGACCUUGGUUUUGGCAAUAUGGCUCUUAGCCUCAGUGUUGGCCAUCCCCAGUUUAUUUUUUCGCAGUUUGAAGAUGAAUGGAAACAGACUUCAGUGCAUGCUCUCACAUAACAAUUCUGCACACAUUCUCUUUCAAUAUCUAUUUGAGACAUUAUUUGGAUUUCUUAUCCCAUUCCCAAUUAUUGUUUUCAGCUACCUCUAUAUCUGUAUACGGUUACGCAGUGCACAGUUCAACAAAAAGCACAAAGCAAGUGGGCUAGUUAUUUUAAUUGUUGUAACUUUUGCUCUAUUCUGGAUUCCUUUUCAUAUUGUUAACAUCCUUCAAAUUUUGGGAGUGACAACUCCCAACCCCAUCACAGCACAAAAGUUUAACAUGGCAGUACGACUUGCUCGUCCAAAUGUCACAGCUCUGGUUUUUCUUAGUAGUAGUAUUAACCCUUUGCUUUAUACAUUAGCUGGAGGUUCCUUCAUCAGAACUGCAGGAAUAAGUUUUAUGGCCAAGCUCUUUGAAGGAACCUCCCCAGAGGUCUCCACUUUCCAGAAAGUCACUCAAGUCUUCCGUCAGAAGAAUAAAAGUGAUUCUGUAGACCUGGUGAAGCUUGGGGAACAUAAGAGCAAACAUUCCAUAGCAAUCAGACAGAUUAAUGGUGAUUCUGAUGAAAAUCUGACUAUUACAAGAUCAUGCAAAGAGAACAUUGAACUACCUUGAACUUGUGUUCAACUAUAGUCACACCUGGCACAGCCUUUGUGCAUUUAUGCAAAUGCAUCAUUGGAACU